AUGGAAAGCACCUCCAGUCCCCAUCACAAUGGCGGCCAAACGGAAACGGCCCAACACCCUCCCCCUCAACAAAUGCUCGGCCACAUGGUACCCGUGGUUCACGAUGCUCUCACAUUUGACGACAGACAGACGCAAAGAAUGAAAGAGAUGGAGAAAUUUGUGAACGAUGAAGCGAAACGUCGCAAGAGGGAGUGGGAGAAGGACGUGGAGCGUAUGCGGGAAGAAUUCCUACAUCUCCAACCGAGUGAUGAGACAAAAAGUGACUCUGGGGGCAAUUCUUGCACCAACUCGCCCUCUCACUACCAACUAACGCAGAUACAAAAACACUCCAGACAUUCAUCAGGAGAGCAACAAGCGAACGGUGGCAUCACAUCCACCCCGUCGAAUACAUCUCUCACUAAGGUUGGUUUCAUUCGAAAAGAUGACGACCUGAUCGCGAAACGAAGAGGAAGUACGGAUGUCUUAGACAGCAAGAAAAUGAAAACGCUGUUCAUGGAGUAUCCUGGGUCCGGUUUGAGGUACAAGUUGAGGUUCGAUGUCUCAGAUUUUGAACCUGAGAAUGUUCAUGUGACAGCUGACAACAGCAGAAUCACCGUGAAGGCAACCAAGCAAGUCAAAUGCAACGAAACAGGAGAUCCCGUCGAAAAAGAAUUUGAACGAAAAAUAGAAAAACCAGCCGGAGUAGAUCACACGAAAUUGAAAUCCUGCCUGACAACGGAUGGCAUCUUAAUCAUCGAAGCCCCACUGCCACCAAAAUCUUUGGGACUGCGCAAGACAACGAGCAACCACGCCAGCCCGUCACGCGCCCAACAAUCAAACGCCACUCUGACAAACACGGCUGCUGUCUCCUCCAGUGUCUCCAUUCGUUCUGGCUCUCCACCGGCAACUCCAACCAACUGCUCCAGCCCUUUCAAACGCGAGAAACGAGGUCAGGUUUACUUCCACAACGACGAAGAUUCGGCGAGCGGCGGAAGAAGAAAGAUGACUCUGGUCCUUGAUAUCGGGCUGGCGUUUGGAGCUAAGGAAAUCACAAUUCUCAUCAUCAAAGACAAUCGCAUAAGGGUAAAAGCCAGACACGAGGAGAGAACUCCAGAGAAACUUGUGAAAAAUAAAUUCACGAAAGAAUUUGAGCUGUCCGAACGUAUUGAAACAUACUCUCUUCGCGCCGGACUCACUACUGAUGGAAAGCUUAUCGUCAAAGCUCUCGGAAAAGGGCAUUGCGAUGGUUUGAACAAAGUUUCGGCCGGAGAGUUAGUGGCAGAAGAGAUAAAUUGUUUGAUGGACAACAACGCAUGCAACGUUCUCGACCUUUCAUCCUUUCCUCCCACCACCCCACAACUCAUCGCCAGCUCAUACAACGGAAGCGUCUGA